AUCCGGUAAACUGCAGCUUUAAAAGGUCCCCGUAUGACUUCCUGCUGAUUAGUCCCACUUCUUCGCACUCUCACUCAAGUGACUCUCUCACUUCACUUUUUCCAUCCAGUAUAUGGAAAUGGAGGACCGAAUGGAAAGUCAGAGGCCGACGGGGAUGAGUAAAGAGGUCUUAAUAUCUGAGAAGACGGGGUCUUUGGGAUGCUGCGGAUGGUUCAUAGUCAUCAUCGUCGGCGUCUUCACUUUAUUACUCUUCCCCUUCACCGUUUGGUUCUGUUUGAAGAUAGUUCAAGAGUAUGAGCGUGCUGUGAUCUUCAGACUGGGGCGCAUCACAGACAAGAAGGGAAAAGGACCAGGAAUUUUCUUCAUUUUGCCCUGCACUGAUUCAUUUGUUAAAGUUGAUCUGCGAACUGUUUCAUUCGACAUCCCUCCGCAAGAGAUUCUGACAAAGGACUCAGUGACAGUGAGCGUGGAUGGCGUAGUGUACUUCCGUGUCAACGACCCCAUCGCUUCUGUAGCCAAUGUAUCCAACGCUGACUUUGCCACCCGCCUGCUGGCCCAAACCACCCUCAGAAACGUCUUGGGCACCAAGAACCUGGCCGAGGUCCUGUCUGACCGAGAGGGCAUUGCUCACAGCAUGCAGUCAAAUCUGGACGAAGCUACUGACAACUGGGGUAUCAAAGUGGAACGUGUUGAGAUUAAAGAUGUGAAGCUGCCCCAUCAGCUGCAGAGAGCCAUGGCUGCUGAGGCCGAGGCUUCGCGAGAGGCCAGAGCCAAGGUGAUAGCCGCAGAAGGCGAGAUGAACGCUUCCCGCGCCCUGAAGGAGGCAGCGCUGGUCAUCGCCGAAGCUCCGUCAGCUCUGCAGCUCCGUUACCUGCAGACCCUCAACACCAUCGCCGCAGAGAAGAACUCCACAAUCAUCUUCCCCCUGCCCAUGGAUAUGAUUUCUCAUUUCAUGCGCAAGUGAUGACAGGGUUGACGUUGCUCUUCAGAUGCACUUGUUGAAUGGGCAAUUAACAGAGUUGGAUGACUGCUAUCAUCAAAAUCAGUGCCUGUGUGUCAUUUGUUAUUAUUAUUUUUUAAAGUAACCAUUGCGUGCUUUGCCAGAUCAAAUUUAAAAAUAAAAACUCUCUUACUGCACUAAA